AUGGCUACACCAUUCGGUAAACAGAACGCCUUGCCGCAAUCCAGUGCGCCGCCAUCCUCAGGUACCACUGCAUCCGCUCGGCUCGAACGGAGCCAUCCAGGAGUACGCCGGUCUACUCCCGACUCCGAUGCUUUGGCCUCCUCAGAUGACGAUGGCGACCAUAUUGCUCCUCAUAUCACGGUCCCUCCAACAAAACCCGCGCGCAGAACGUCAUGGUUGAACGAAAUCCCUUUGUCGGCGCAGCGCAAACACUCCCUGCCGGGUGGUCCUUUGACCUCUGCGCCGUCCAACCCGGUCAGUCCGGCGAGCGAACAGGGACCCUGGGCCUCCAGUACAACUAGCCCGGGCCUGAGCGGAUCGUUCAAUUGGAAUCAAGGGAGUGGCAGCUCUUUUCCGUGGGGUAAUGCUAUCUGGAAUGCCGAGUCUCGAAAGGAGCCUCCGUCUCGCCUCUCCGAACUGGUCCCUUCCCCCACAAUGACCACCCCAAGUCUCGCAAGUAACACCAUGGGCGAGGAAUUGCUGAGUCCGGUCACGCGCACAAUCUCGGGAGAGUCGGCGAUUCCAUUCUCGAUUCCUCUUCAUCCUACCCCGAAAACUUACCGAUCACAGUCCUACUCUGUAGGCCAGAUGGACCCGGAGUAUCUGGUGCUGAUGGCCAGCAAGCACGGCGCCAGCACCCAAUAUCCUGGAAACCGCCCACGCGGUCCAGGCCAACUCGCAUCUGGACAACCUCGCGCAUCGAGGCCAAGUGUCCUCGGCGAACUUGGUCAUGAUCCAGCCACCCUGGGUCGCGUCCGUGAAGAUGACGACGACGAGAAUCUGCACGGCUCUGACGGCGACACCAGCUUUUCGGUGAGUCAGGCCCGUACCAUCGAGCAGCUCGCUCGGGAGAAUGCGAUCCUUCGUCAACAGGCAGCAGCCGGAGCCCUCGAUGGCCGGUUCCGUGAUCGUGCAUCUUCGACUGCGGGCAUCCUGAAUGGUCUCCAUGCGGCCCAUCGCAUCCAUACUGGGCUCCCGGAAGAAGAAGAGGAAGGGGAGGCGGAGGAGGAAGAGGUGGCGGUGGAAGACCUUGGCGAAUUGCGCGACAUUCAGGGAUAUGGCAGUAUGCGUGGCGGGGCGCGGCGUCGCUUUUCGGAACACUCCUCCAACGUGGAACCGCAGUUCGCGGCCUUGUCUUCACCUAUCGAAAAUCGAGCGCUGGAGAAUGUGCGCAAGGCACAUUGGCAAACCUCGCUUGGGUUCCCGGGUGCUGCUGACUUGCCUCAGAGCCGUCGGCAUUCCUUCGCGGAUGUCCCUGUCCGGCACAGCUCAAUCGGCUCACUCGACCUUCAUGCGACGGCGGCUGCUCGUGCGGUUUCGAGAGAACGUGAUGAUGGUCUUGGUUCCAUGAAUGACUAUCCGGUGUCGCCCCUUCAGGCCCAGCCCUACUAUGCCCGCGAGCAAACAUUGCGUGGCGAUGGUUCGUCCAGAAUUCCUGCCUCGCUCAACCAAUACGUCCUUCCAGGUGGCUACGGUCGUCAGCCCGCCACCUUCUCUCACAGUCCUCAGAACCAGCUUCUGUACAUCGUGACUUUCAAGUGCCAGCGAGCAGAUGUCUUCUAUAUCCAAGAGGAUACUGGACUACAGGUGAAAGUUGGCGAUCUUGUCAUAGUUGAAGCUGACCGGGGUACUGAUCUGGGAACUGUUCGACACGCCAACGUUUCUCUGCAAAAAGCCCGAGAAUUGAAACAACAGUACGCAGAAGAGCAUUACAAGUGCCUCAUGAUGUUCUCCCGCCAGGGUCAGCUUGAAGGAUUCAACCCAAGCGGCACCGGAUUCAAUCCUCGAAGUGCCAUGGGAGGCAUGGGACCCCAUGCCCAUGGUGCCCCAGAGACCACUACGGACAUCAAACCAAAACUCAUCAAACGUCUCGCCCAGCAUCAUGAGGUUCUAACAUUGCGCGAUAAAGAAGGGAACGAAGCCAAGGCGAAAAGAGUCUGUCAAACAAAAGUCGCUGAGCACCGCUUGAAUAUGGAAAUUCUGGAUGCAGAGUUUCAAAUGGACUGGAAGAAGCUCACAUUCUACUACUUUGCGGAUUCGUACAUCAACUUUAAUUCCCUGGUCACGGAUUUGUUCAAGAUUUACAAAACUCGAAUCUGGAUGUCUGCAAUCAACCCAGCGUCAUUUGUGACACCACCAACGGCAGGUCUGUCAGGCUCGCCCGUCGUCAUGGGCAAUCAGGCCUACAGCCAAGACCCAACUCACUUUGAUCGUCGCCUUCAACCCGAGGCUCGGGCUUAUCCUGGAUCUCGCGAAGAAGUUGCCCGUGAUGGAAUGGCGAAUCCAGCCGGUCUGGUGCGGUCUCCGUAUGCCGACGCCUAUUCCGCAUUUGCUCAAGCUUCGCGACCAUACGACGCACCAACAGCUGAUCCCUUCGGUCCCUAUUCGCCGACCAAUUUUGGCCCCAUGGAUACCGGUCUCGCCGAAUAUCCGGGCAAUGGUAUGGCCCCGAAUGGCCCAGUCCGUAUGCCCACUUCCACGCACGGGGAAUGGGUGGGCCGCUUUCAAGGACUCUCGCUAAACUCCUAA